AUGUCUACAUCACAUAAUCGUCAGGAGCUGCAUGAAGAAAUCACACCUCCUUCAAGCUUCGUCUUCGCCCCUUUGACACCGCCAUCUAGCGGGAAGAAACCUUUCGUCCAAGCUGGGAAAAUAAUCACGCUUUUCAAAACCAUUCGAGCUGGCAAGCACAUUAAGCAACCUCCGUGGUCAGAAUUUCAGCUUUCGCCUACAGAGCGUACCGAGAUUAAUCGACAAUUGGACCAAGACGAAGACCUGAGAGGGUUCGUCGAGUAUAAGAUACGAUAUGAUUUUGAUGCAGCAAAUGAUCUGCUUGUAGUUCGCAUGCCUACAGCUAUCCAUGAACUGUUCCUUGCUCGUGUUGAGGAAGCAAUCCACAACCAGCUUAAAUCAAUCUACGCGGAAUCGACUAGCCGAAGCACCUUUGCAAAGAAAGUGAAGAUAGCUCGAUCUACGCGAAUACACCUCCCGAAUGACAAAGAUCCAGAUGGUAUCCAAUCAAAAUAUGAGCCCGAUACCUCUUUCUGGCAUGAUGACGCAGAGUAUCCUGGCGUUGUAAUCGAAGUUGCGUACUCGGAGAAAAGAAAACAUUUAACUUCACUAGCCGAUGCAUACCUUUUGGACUCGGACGCAAAUAUACAGAGCGUCGUAGGGCUUGAUAUUGAAUACGGCGAGAAGCGGUCACGCAAGGCCACUUUGUCAGUAUGGCGAACUCGCAUAUUCCAUACAGCUCAUGGGGAUGAAUUACGAGCAGUGCAGGAGAUUGUGGAUGAGGCAUUCCGUGAUGAGCAAGGGAACCCUACCAAUCGACCAGGCCUGCAGCUCCACCUCAGCGAUUUCGCCAACAAAGGGCUAGUGAGAGACCAAAUUGGGACUCAAGACCAAGAUUUGGUUGUUUCUACCAAAGAGCUUUGCCAAUUUCUCACCGAUGCAGAAGAAAAAGUGCACCAGCUAGGUUCACUUAGUAAAGACUCUUUAGCUCCCGGCGUUACAAAGAGGAAGCGAUCUGAAACACCUCCAGAAGAACUUAGCUCUAGUGACGAAGCGAGAUACGUCGAGGAAGAGGAGAGAGCAGUAAAGUGA